AUGGUAGAUCGAAAUGGCCAACUGGACUUACUUCUCGUUGGUAAUACCGGAAUGGGAAAAAGAACAAUUGGGAACACGAUACUGAGCAGAGAUGCCUUUCAGUCUGAUAGCGGUUUCACGUCGGUGACCAAACGUAUACAGUUUGAGUAUUCAGAUUACAACGGUAGAAUAAUCAAGGUGGUCGUCAGUCCAGGCGUUGGAGAUACUGACCUGAGCCAAGAGGAAGGUUUGGCUCAAAUAGCAGAUUCUAUGAAACAAGCCGUAGCUGUAAACCCUGAAGGCUACCAUGCGUUUUUAUUGGUUUUCGAAUUUGGUCAAGACUUUACGAGGGAAGACGAGAACACGCUCAAAAUACUGAGGUCUUUUUUUGGUGAAGAGUUCGUGAGCGAGUAUUGCAUUGUGGUCAUAACACAUGGGCAACUCUAUAAACCUAAGAAACAUGGCGAUGCCCCGUUUUCUGAUUGGAUGACUAGUCAGAGUGGGCAAAUGAAAGCCCUCAUCGAGGAAGUCAAUGGCAGAGUUAUACUGUUUGAUGAUGUGCUGAAAGAUGAGGAUAAGAUGAAAGAACAGGUUGACGAAAUCAUCAAAAUGGUUGACCAAAUAAGCGUCCGCAGGAUUAGGUACACUAAUGAGCUUUUCAAAAUGGCUCGGCAUGAACGGGAAAGGAUGCUAGUUGAUACCAAAACACCAUUUAUCCAAGAGGAAUCUAUAAUAGAAGCAAGUUUAAUCUUGCAACAACUUGCACAAGUUCAGAUGAGGGAUCCAGAGCAACAACUGAAGCGCUUAGACGCGCUAAAGGCUAGAGCGGAUGCGUUGUUAUCAAAGGUCAAAGAGCAGGAUAAAUUCACCGGAGUCCUACAAAAUAUUAUUCUAAGUAGCCGGGAUAUUGUCGAGUGCGUUGAGGACCAAAUGCUGGCCACUAAGGAAGCUAUAAGGCAAAAGGGGAUCAAGAAAGACGAGCAGAAAUUACUCAAAGACCUCCGUGCUCAGCGAAUUAGAUACCUGGAAAACAACAAUGACGAUCUGAAAGCACGAAUUCGAGAACUUCAGAAGAAAGGAAAUGAAAGAAAUGCUUUGUCUGAGUUAACAGUGAAUGGCUUAAAAAGUAAAGUAAAACAAGUUGAGGAUGCGUAUAACGAA